AUGCAGAUGAAGAAACACGGUCUGUACUGCCGUCUCAAGUCUGUAAUCAAGGCAAGAUUUCGGCCCAAAAUCGGCAAUAAGGCUGUUGAACUAUGUACGCACCAGUUCCACAACAGACGCUGCAAAAAAUGCCAUGUUCCCGAGGCAAUUGUGAGAUUAGGCCUUCUAGAUGCCGGACAUCAUUGUGAGGGAUGCAGAUGCUUGAGACGAGUUGAACAUACCUCAGACGAGGUACCCGAAUCACAUGUUGGUGAGGAACGGGCGGUCGUACUGUUGAGAGAUGAGUCAAAAGAUAUAGCAUCGUCUUCUUCUUUGAUUGUAGGCAAGGCGGAUGCAUCGGAGCCGUAUGACAUGUCCAUAAUCGCUGCAUAUGAAGAUGAUACUUGCAGUCUGCGGAGCACAGGAAGUAACGAUGUGCCAGAAGAAGCUAUUUCAGCCACUGCUGUACACAUGACACCGAUGGUACCCACGGAAAUUCAUAUCCGGCAUUCUCUUGAGAAUCACAAACGAAAACAAAUAGCAAUUGUGGAAAGCAUAUCAGUGGGUGAUGACAAGUCCUUGAAGCUUGGCACGUCUCUCGCUCAGGAAAAUCUAAUCAGAUUUGAUCUGGCAUCAGGAGAAGAAGAUGACAUCCAGGCUCUGAUCCAUGGUGCCAUAAAGGGGGAUGCAGAGUACCAGACCAGGCUUCUAAGAUUAUAUGGCGAAAUUUCGGCUUCAGAUGCGCCAUGUGCCGUGCCCUGGAGUAGCUCACAGCGCAGUCUCAUCUGUAAAGCGCGACUUGUCAUGGGCCUUGAAAUUCAAAAGGCUGCUGGGUGGGUUACAGCCGAUGCUUUGGACAAGAUAUCGGCACAGUUGUCUUGUCAUGAUAAUGAAGAGGCGCGCAUGGGCACGGAGGAGUUUGAAGCUUAUAUCCGUGGUUUGUCCGACCGAGGGGAGGUGUCUGGGGGGCGUGCAACGCAAAUUGUUAUGCUUGCUUCUGACGGAAAGGCGGAGUUUGCUUGA